GUUCAAAUGCACGGUCAAAGAUGAUCUCAAGCAAGUCAUGUAUAUAAAGGCUUGCAAUAGGAUUAGUUGUAUAUCCUCACAAUGUGGUUUGGCUUGAAGAAUAAGAUGAAUAGCACAGCCAAAAAAUGGAAGAGCCUUAGCGGCCAAAAUCAUUGGGAGGGUUUGUUGGACCCUCUCAACAUUGAUCUUCGCCGGUACAUAAUUCAUUAUGGUGAAAUGACUCAAGCUACAUACGAUGCUUUUGAUGCAGAGAAGGUAUCAAGGUUUGCAGGAAGCAGCCGAUAUGCAAAGAAGAAUUUCUUCCCAAAGGUGUUUCUGGAGAACGGCAAUCCUUUCAAAUAUACCGUGACAAAGUUCUUCUAUGCAACAUCAUCAAUCAAAGUCCCCGAAGCAUUUAUCAUAAAAUCCUUGUCGAGGGAGGCAUGGAGCAAGGAAUCAAACUGGAUAGGGUAUGUUGCAGUUGCCACAGACGAAGGGAAGGCCCUUUUAGGGAGGAGGGAUAUUGUGAUUGCUUGGAGAGGAACAGUGGAGACCCUGGAAUGGAUAGAUGAUUUAGAAUCUGAUUGGGUUUCAGCUUCCAAAAUACUUGGAGCUGAGGGUCAUGAUCAUCCUAAGGUGCAUCAAGGUUGGUAUUCCAUCUACACUUCUGAUGACUCUCGUUCGCACUUCAAUAAGACUAGUGCCAGAAACCAGGUUCUUGGUGAGAUUAGGAGACUGGUGGAAGAAUUCAAGAACGAGGAAAUCAGCAUAACUGUAGUUGGCCACAGCUUGGGUGCAGCACUCGCAACUCUAAAUGCAAUUGACAUAGUUGCCAACGGAUUCAACAGGCCAAAACACCAUCAACACAAAAGUUGCCCGGUGACGGCAUUCGUAUUCGGCAGCCCUCGUGUGGGAGAUUCGGAUUUCAAGAAAGUGUUCUCCGGACAUAAAGAUCUUCGAGCCUUGCGCAUCCGUAAUUCUCCGGAUUUUGUUCCCAACUAUCCAUUAAUAGGGUACUCGGAUGUGGGAGAAGAGCUGAAAAUUGAUACCACAAAAUCGAACUUCUUGAAGAGUGGAAAUCAGGGAAAUUGGCAUAACUUGGAGGGUUACCUGCAUGGAGUGGCAGGGACGCAAGGGAGUAAAGGGAGGUUUAAGUUGGUGGUUCAUCGUGAUAUUGCACUAGUGAAUAAGACCAUGGAUGGUUUGAAGGAGGAGUAUCUUAUUCCGGCAUCAUGGCGGUGUGUGCAGAACAAGGGUAUGCUUCAACAGCCCGAUGGUUCUUGGAAAUUGAUUGAUCAUGAGCCUGAUAAUUGAAUGUUUUUAGAAGUAAUUAUUAGAUAGUCAUAAUAGUACGGGUUGUUGUGAUAUCCCAUAUGAUAAAGAUAAG